UUGCUUCUUUAACCACGCAGAGGAAUUAACGCGCGUCAUCCCUUAUUGAUCGCACGUCUAGUGUGCGUUUUUUUUCGGACCCUGCUUAUUUUUUUUCCGAGCCAAUAUCUAUCGUAAAUCAUUAGCGUCGCGUCAUUUGGUUGAUAAAUAUUCCCGCCAGACGCAUGCGUUUUGCGCAUUGAUUAUUUUGCUUGGUACCAGAUAUUGCCAGCCUUUGGCCGUGGCAGAUUGCCAUGCGACCGAGGAUAACAAGUGCCGGUUCCUCGUAACGCUGAAACGCACCCUGUAUCUGACAGUGCCAAGGAACUGUGGAGAAUGUACUUAAAGGACUGACGAGAGAUAAAGAGUGCACCUGGAAAAUGCAUUAAAUUAGUUCAAGUUUUCAUUAAGAAAAUAUAACGCUCCAGUUUCGUAUAUUAAUGAAGAAAGAUGCAAAAUUGGAUAUUUCUAACGUUAUAUUUGUAACGUUAUUGUUUAUAGCUGUGUAUACAAGAUAUUUUUAGAAGCCUUUGUCGAUAUCUCGGAAAGAUAUAUUAUUGCAAUCCAUUCAUGGCAGUUGGAAAACCAACCACAUGUAAAGAAGCUAUACGGCGUUGGGAGGAAGAAAAUGAACAAACGGCAGCUACAGCGACAGAAAUAAUUUUAAGCUUUCAGUGGCCGCCAAUAGAAAAGAUGGAUAAUGCAUUAGCAACUUUGGCCAAUUGUGAAAAACUUUUUCUAUCAACAAACAUGAUUGAAAAAGUUGCAGGCAUUGGGACUCUGAAAAAUUUAAAGAUUUUGUCAUUGGGUCGAAAUUUAAUCAAAGGUUUCGCCGGUCUCGAACCUUUAGGUGACACUCUCGAAGAGCUUUGGCUUUCUUAUAAUCUUAUUGAGAAGAUAAAAGGCAUUCAAGUGAUGAGGAAUCUUCGUGUACUUUACAUGUCUAACAACUUAGUGAAAGAGUGGAAUGAAUUUGCAAGACUACAAGAACUAUCAAAUCUUCAGGAUCUAGUUUUUGUCGGCAAUCCGUUAUAUGAAAGUCUCGAGGUAGAGCAAUGGAGAACUGAAGUUGCGCGACGUUUGCCAUGUUUGGAAAAGCUCGAUGGUGAACCCAUAAUACGAACGGAAGAGAAUCCAGUCAUGAUUCAAUCAACCAAGAUUGACAGUCCGCUGGAUGAUUCACUUAAUCAAGAAGCUGGCUAAUUUUUUGA